CCACUAGGUCCCCGCAGCGCCCCCUUCGUCUCGCCCGGGUCACGGGUCCCUCAGUGAGCGAGAACCUCCCAAGCCGCCUCCCCGGCCAUGGCCAACGGAGUGAUCCCGCCGCCCGGGGGCGCCUCCCCCUUACCCCAGAUCCGUUGUCCCGUCUUCCCAAGCCUGGGGAGCUGACCCCAGCCUGAGGCCCUGGAAGAACGGGGGUUGUGGAAGAUGGAGCCCGCUGGUCUCCCCUGCUUCCUCCCAGGGCUUGGCGUUGGGUGGGUGUGGGGCGUUCAAGGGUCCUUAGGAGAGCUGUCUGAGCCUGCAGGUCCGGGUGCCCUUGGAGGAGCCCCCUCUGAGCCCCGACGUGGAGGAGGAGGACGAUGACUUGGGCAAGACCUUGGCUGUGAGCAGGUUUGGGGACCUCAUCAGCAAGCCCCCGGCCUGGGACCCCGAGAAGCCCAGCCGCAACUACAGCGAGCGGGACUUCGAGUGUGGGUAGUCUGGGGACCCCUGGCGCGGCCACCCUCACCACCAUCACCUUCAUUGCCACCAUCACCGCGCUCACCACUGGCUGGGUCACCCAGUGUCAUCUUGUGCUGGACGCUGUGCUGGAUGUUGCGUGGGGCCACCAUGCCAUGUUAAGUCAUCCUGCCUCCCUCGCCCAUCGCAGGGGGAACGUAGGGACCUGGGCCCCAGGCCUCCCUCUGUGCGUGACCUUCACCUUCCCCACGGCUGCCGAGCCCCUGGCCCACCUCUCUCUGCCUCCUCGUCUCCCCUCCUGAGCUCUCUGGCCCGACUUUGCUGCGUCAUGUCCUCCCAUUCCCACCACCCCUCUUUCAUGAACCCCCUUUGCAUCAUUCCCGUCCCCCCACUCUGCCAGGCCACGUACACAGGUGUUAGGGGGAACCUGGCUCUGGAGGAAGGGCUAGGGUGCCCUUGUUGGAGGCCUUGAGCCAGAAUAAGGUGUGUGUCCCUAGGGUGGUGAGGGGUCCCCAUCUGCUGUGGGGGCCCCAACUGACCCUCCUGUACCCCCAGUUCACCGGCACACAUCCCACCACACUCACCAUCCGCUCUCGGUGCGCCUGCCUCCACCCCACAAGCUGCGGCGACUGCCCCCUGCCUCUGCCCGGCAGACCAGGAGGAAGAAGAAGGAGAGGACCUCUGUGGCCCCCUCCGAGGGGACCCCUCCCAUCCAGGAGGAGGGGGGAAUGGGGAUGGAGGAGGAAGAGGAGGAGGAGGAGGAAGAGGAAGAGGCAGGGGAAUCUGAGGCCGAGCCUGUGGAGCCCCCACCCUCAGGGUCCCCCCAGAAAGCCAAGUUCUCCAUUGGAAGUGACGAGGAUGACAGUCCCAGCUCCUCUGGAAGGGCUGCCUUCACCAAGCCCCUGUCUUCAGGGGCUCCUCGCUCCGACAAGAGUCCCCAGCACUCGGUCAGCUCCCUCAGCUCCCUCAGCCCCCGGGCUUGGACCUCCCGAGUCGCUGGGGAGAAGAGCCGGCCUUGGAGCCCAUCGGCCAGCUAUGACCUUCGGGAGCGGCUCUGCCCAGGCAGUGCCCUGGGCAGCCUGGGAGGCCCGGAGCAGCAGGUGCCCACUGACGAGGCGGAGGCCCAGAUGUUGGGCUCCGCGGACCUGGAUGACAUGAAAAGUCACCGGCUGGAGGACAACCCUGGCAUGAGGCGGCACUUAGUGAAGAAGCCGUCUCGAACGCAGGCUGUGAGGGGCAGCCCCAGAGGCCUGGCCCCCAUCCUGCGCAAGAAGAAGAAGAAGAAGCAGUUGGACCGGAGGCCUCAUGAGGUGUUCGUGGAGCUGAAUGAGUUGAUGCUGGACCGUGGCGGCCAGGAGCCCCACUGGCGGGAGACGGCGCGCUGGAUCAAGUUCGAGGAGGACGUGGAGGAAGAGACGGAGCGCUGGGGGAAGCCGCACGUGGCCUCGCUCUCCUUCCGCAGCCUCCUGGAGCUCCGGAGGACCAUCGCCCACGGAGCUGCCCUCCUGGACCUGGAGCAGACCACUCUGCCAGGCAUUGCACACCUCGUGGUGGAGACCAUGAUUGUGUCCGACCAGAUCCGGCCGGAGGACAGGGCCAGCGUCCUGCGCACCCUCCUGCUGAAGCACAGCCACCCCAACGAUGACAAGGACGGUGGCUUCUUUCCCCGAAACAUGUCCAGCUCCAGCGUGAACUCGGUCCUGGGGAAUCACCACCCCACUCCCAGUCACGGCCCCGACGGGGCAGUGCCUACCAUGGCCGAUAGCCUGGGGGAGCCGGCCGUACUCUGGUCUCACGACCCCGAUGCCAAGGAGAAGCCCCUCCACCUGUCCGGGGGAGACGGCUACCGGGGGAAAAGCCUGAAGCUGCUGGAGAAGAUCCCCGAAGAUGCGGAGGCUACCGUGGUGCUCGUGGGCUGUGUGCCUUUCUUGGAGCAGCCAGCGGCGGCCUUCGUGCGGCUGCACGAGGCCGUGCUCCUGGAAUCCGUGCUCGAGGUCCCCGUGCCGGUUCGCUUCCUUUUCGUGAUGCUGGGGCCCAGCCACACCACCACCGACUACCACGAGCUCGGACGCUCCAUCGCCACCCUCAUGUCUGAUAAGCUGUUUCAUGAGGCGGCCUACCAGGCCGAUGACCGGCAGGACCUCCUGAGCGCCAUCAGCGAGUUCCUGGACGGCAGCAUCGUGAUCCCGCCGUCGGAGGUGGAGGGCCGCGACCUGCUGCGCUCCGUGGCUGCCUACCAGCGCGAGCUGCUGAGGAAGCGGAUGAGCUCCCUGGGAGGCUAUGUGGCCCCUGGGAAAGAGUUGUCGGUGGAACUGGGGGGCCCCGAGGUGACCCCUGAAGACGACCCCCUGCGACGGACUGGCUUGGUGUUUGGGGGGCUCAUCCGGGACGUGAAGCGCCGGUACCCGCACUACCCCAGCGACCUGCGGGAUGCCCUGCACUCCCAGUGCGUGGCUGCUGUGCUCUUUAUCUACUUCGCUGCCCUCAGCCCCGCCAUCACCUUCGGGGGGCUGCUAGGGGAGAAGACUGAAGGGCUGAUGGGCGUGUCCGAGCUGAUCGUGUCCACGGCUGUGCUGGGCGUCCUCUUCUCUCUGCUGGGGGCCCAGCCGCUGCUGGUGGUUGGCUUCUCAGGGCCACUGCUGGUCUUUGAGGAAGCCUUCUUCAAGUUCUGCCAGUCCCAGGACCUGGAGUACCUCACCGGCCGGGUGUGGGUCGGCCUCUGGCUGGUGGUCUUCGUCAUUGCUCUGGUGGCCGCGGAGGGCAGCUUCCUGGUCCGCUACAUCUCGCCUUUCACCCAGGAGAUCUUCGCCUUCCUCAUCUCUCUCAUUUUCAUCUACGAGACCUUCCACAAGAUCUACAAGGUGUUCAUGGAGCACCCACUGCUGCCAUUCUACCCCCCUGAGGAGGUGCUGGAGGCGGAGCUGGACCUGAACGGGAGUGCUCUGCCGCCCACCGAGGGGCCGCCAGGCCCGAGGAACCAGCCCAACACAGCCCUGCUGUCGCUCAUCCUCAUGCUCGGGACCUUCCUCAUCGCCUUCUUCCUACGCAAGUUCAGGAACAGCCGCUUCCUGGGAGGCAAGGCCCGCCGCAUCAUCGGGGACUUCGGCAUCCCCAUCUCCAUCCUGGUCAUGGUCCUGGUGAACUAUUCCAUCACAGACACCUACACGCAGAAGCUGACAGUGCCCACGGGGCUCUCGGUGACCUCCCCGCACAAGCGCACAUGGUUCAUCCCGCCAAUGGGCAGUGCCCAACCGUUCCCGCCCUGGAUGAUGGUGGCAGCUGCUGUGCCCGCCCUCCUGGUCCUCAUCCUGAUCUUCAUGGAGACCCAGAUCACCGCGCUCAUUGUCAGCCAGAAGGCGCGGAAGCUGCGCAAAGGCUCCGGCUUCCACCUGGACCUGCUUCUGAUCGGCUCCCUGGGGGGGCUCUGCGGGCUGUUUGGGUUGCCCUGGCUCAGCGCUACCACCGUCCGCUCGGUCACCCAUGUCAAUGCCCUGACCGUCAUGCGCACCGCCAUCGCGCCCGGAGACAAGCCCCAGAUCCAGGAGGUGCGGGAGCAGAGGGUCACCGGCGUGCUCAUCUCCGGCCUCGUGGGCCUGUCCAUCGUCAUGGGGGCCGUGCUGCGCCAGAUCCCGUUAGCCGUGCUCUUCGGGAUCUUCCUGUACAUGGGAGUCACGUCGCUGUCCGGCAUCCAGCUGUCCCAGCGUCUGUUGCUCAUCCUCAUGCCAGCAAAACACCAUCCUGAGGAGCCCUAUGUGACCAAGGUGAAGACGUGGCGGAUGCACCUGUUCACCUGCAUCCAGCUGGGAUGCAUCGCACUGCUCUGGGUGGUCAAGUCCACAGCGGCUUCGCUCGCCUUUCCCUUCCUGUUGCUGCUCACGGUGCCUCUGAGGCGUUGCCUUCUGCCCCGGCUUUUCCAGAACAGAGAGCUGCAGGCGCUGGACUCGGAAGACGCCGAACCAAACUUCGACGAGGACGGCCGGGACGAGUACAAUGAGCUGCACAUGCCUGUGUGAUCCUCGGGCACGGUGCCCCUCGGAGGCCUCGGCCCCUUAGUGACUGACGCCCGGGCCUGUCGGAGCCCAGCUCCGGGCCAGUGGGACCCUGGCGACCCAAAGGCGUGCCUGGGACCACGAUGAUGCCGCGGCCCUCAGGCCCUCGGGCCCUCGGACUGUGUCCGAGGCUCUGACCCUGUCUCAUCCAGGUCCUUUCUCAGACCAGACCGGCACAGGCUUUGAGCUCAUUAUAACCACACCCCUUGUCUUG